AUGAAUCUAAAUCAAAAAAGGUGGAAUGAGAACUACCUGGAAGAAAUGCUACUUUUAACUUCUCAAAACCUACCAAUGAUUAAAGUUGAAGAUAAUUACACUAUUGUCAAGGAGCUAGGCAGUGGUUCUUAUGGACAUGUACUACUUGCAAUGAACCAGUCAAGAGGAAAUCUAAUGGCGCUGAAGUUCAUGCAGAAAAACAUAACUGACCUUCACGGUUUCCUUAUUGAAUACUGCGUAUCCCUCUGUUUGUCAACUCAUCCAUGCAUUAUCGAUACCUUUGGAAUCGCUUUCCAGACAGAAAGACAUUAUGUCUUUGCCCAAGAACUUGCAUAUGAUAAUCUCUUCUCCCUUUUGAAGCCUCAGGCUGGUGUGCCAGAAAGUUCAGUGAAACGUUGUGCUAUCCAACUUUCCAGUGCAUUGGAUUACAUGCACAAAAAAGGUCUGGUUCAUCGUGAUAUAAAGCCUGAAAAUAUUCUUAUCUUUGAUAAAGAGUGCCGCCAAAUUAAAUUAACUGAUUUUGGACUCUCUUGUCGAAAUGGAACACUGUUGGAAUCGAUGCCUGAAAAUUUGCCUUACACAGCCCCCGAGAUGUGUCAUCUUGGAGCAGCAGACAAGCUAAUUGCACAUACAAGUUUAGAUACAUGGUCAUUUGGGAUUCUGCUUUUUUGCACUUUAACUGGAUAUUUUCCAUGGACUUCUGCAGUUACCACUGAUACCCAUUAUGUAGAAUACACCAAAUGGCAAAGAGGCAAAAGGAUUUUCCGGGUUCCAAACCAGUGGAAGACCUUUAGUGAAGAAGCUUUAGAAAUGCUAACAAAAUUGAUUGCCCCUGAUCCAGCAAAGAGAUGUUCUUCCACAGAAGUCCUAAAAUAUCUCAAAGUACCCUGGAAGGUCAUCCUUGAUAAUAACAAGGCUACCAAUUCUAAUGUUUUUAAAAACAAAAACUGUGCUUGGAGAUAG